CAAGUAACAUCAGCUUUGCGCCGUCGUCGUCGUCACCGUGAACCCGUGUGCCGGUAAAGUGUUCUUGUCUCGCUUUCACCACCCACCCAAACACGUUUACGGUUCGGCUUCUUCCGGUUCCGGUGCACGCGCAGUAACAACGCAUCCAGCAACCGGUUGGCGGGUCAACGGGUAAUUUGUGUGUUUUUGUUUAUCGCCGCUGCUGUCAAAACGCUCAGUGUGGUUUCGAGCAUCGUGCGUAAUCCCGAACGAAACGACCAUGGCACGUCUUCUCGCUCGCUUCUGCAAGGCACUUCCAGUGCAGGGGAACGCUCCCAGGACACUUCUGCCGGCGGUAUCGAUCGUACCGGCGCGAGCCCGCAGCACCGACACCCGUAUCCAGGCCGUUAAGCCCGUCGUCGAGAUGGACGGUGACGAGAUGACCCGCAUCAUUUGGCAGUUCAUCAAGGACAAGCUGAUCUUUCCGUACGUGAAGGUGGAAGCGCUUUACUACGAUCUGGGUCUUCCGUAUCGCGAUCAGACAAACGAUCAGGUCACGAUCGAUGCAGCACACGCGAUGCUGAAGCACAACGUUGGCAUCAAGUGUGCGACGAUCACGCCGGACGAACAGCGCGUGGAGGAGUUUAAGCUGAAGAAAAUGUGGCUCAGCCCAAACGGAACCAUCCGUAACAUCCUCGGAGGUACGGUGUUCCGUGAGCCAAUCAUCUGCAGCAACAUCCCGCGCAUCGUGCCCGGCUGGACGAAACCGAUCGUGAUUGGCCGUCACGCGCACGGUGACCAGUACAAGGCACAAGAUUACGUCGUCCGCAAACCGGGCACGGUCAAGCUGGUGUACAAUGGCGAGGACGGUACGGUGGAGGAGAUCGAAUUGUACAAAUACAAGGCACCCGGUGUCGCGUUGGCCAUGUACAACACGGACGAAUCGAUUGAAGCGUUCGCCCACUCGUCAUUCCAGGUGGCGCUCAGCAAGCGCUGGCCGCUGUACCUGUCCACCAAGAACACGAUCCUGAAGCGGUACGACGGUCGCUUUAAGGACAUCUUCCAGGAGAUUUAUGAAAAGAACUACAAGAAGCAGUAUGAGGAAGCCAAGAUUUGGUACGAGCACCGGUUGAUCGAUGAUAUGGUAGCGCAAGCGCUGAAAUCUUCCGGCGAGUUCGUGUGGGCCUGCAAAAACUACGACGGUGACGUGCAGUCGGACAUCGUGGCGCAGGGCUACGGAUCGCUUGGGCUCAUGACGUCGGUGCUGGUGUGUCCGGACGGAAAAACGCUCGAAUCGGAAGCCGCCCACGGAACCGUCACGCGUCAUUAUCGUGAACACCAGAAAGGCCGUCCCACCUCCACCAACCCGAUCGCAUCGAUCUUCGCGUGGACCCGCGGUCUUGAGCACCGUGCGAAGCUGGACAACACCCCGGAAUUGGCGCGAUUUGCCCUGGCGCUCGAGAAGGCCUGCGUCGACACUGUGGAAUCGGGUAAGAUGACCAAGGAUUUGGCGCUGUGCAUCCACGGUUCGCGCAACCUCAAGGAUAGCAUGUACCUGAACACCCAGGACUUCCUGGAAGCCAUCUCCGAGCAGCUGGAACGCACGUGGAAAAAGUAAACUCUACCACUGGCAACUACACUCUUGCAUUUUUGUACCAUAUAAAAAACAAUGAU